CGCUUCAGCUUCAUCAUCACCACCACCACCAUCAUCAUCAUCGCCCUCAGCAACAGCAGCUUCAGCUUCAGCAGCAGCCAGAAGCAGCAGCAGCAGCAGCAGCAGCAGCGUCCAUCGGCAGCGUGGAGAACAAAUAAGCUGCACGCAUCUUCAGGAGGCGCUCCACUCGAAGGGGAAGAUGGGGAAAUGGCAAUUGACCAAAUGUGAGGAGCAAGAAAUCAACAGACGUCUUCAUUUAUGAUACAAAACCGGAUUUAUGCACCAAUAGGAACUAUUCAAAGAACAAAAGAUUACCCCAUCAUAAGGAAACAUGGAUGUAUCUUCAUCCUCGCUGCAGUACGGAUCAAAAAAGCGGGUUAAGAUCCACCCGAACACAGUGACAGUGAAAUACGCCACACACUUCCCCCAGCCUGGCGAUGAAGGGUAUGAUGAUGCACCCUCUUUCGAGGAGUUUGGCGCCUUCGCGGAAGCUAAUGUGGGAAAGAGACUGGUGUCAGACAGCAAAGGUAGCAGGACUUUGUUUGGAACCAUGGAGACCCAGCCGAAGCAGCCAACUGUGCAAAGAGACAAGGGGGUCGGGGGCCAGCUGGCCAGCUUCGGAGAGGCGAAUGUGUUGGCCUCCAGGGUGACCUGGAUGGCCUUGUUUGGGGCAGCAGUGGCUCAUGGUUGUGUGGCACUGAUUACUCGUUUAGCAGCCGACCGCUCUAAAGUGCCCUCCCUCGAGCUGCUCUUCAUCCGCUCCGUGAUCCAAGUGCUGUCCAUCCUGGUGGUCUUCUACUACCAUGAGGCCCCCUUUGGCCCUAAGGGCUACCGGUUGCGUCUCUUCUUCUACGGUGUGUGCAAUGUAAUCUCAAUCACCUGCGCCUACACCUCUUUUGCUAUAGUACCGCCCAGUAAUGGCACCAUCAUGUGGCGUGCAUCCACCACAGUCUUCAGUGCAAUUCUGGCCUUCCUGUUGCUGGAUGAGAGGCUGGGCUACACAGAUGUGGUCACAGUUGUGGGAAGCGUGUUCGGCCUGUGCCUGGUCAUGGUGCCAAACGUCGCAGAUGAGGAGAAGUCUCGGCUGGGGUUUUGGAAGGAGGCUUUUGGCUACACAAUGACAGUGAUGGCCGGCUUGACCGCUGCCCUCUCCAUGAUCGUCUACAGGGCCAUUAAGGAGCGCGUCAGCAUGUGGACGGCACUCUUUACCUUCGGCUGGACGGGCACGGUGUGGGGUGCCUCCACCAUGUUUGUCAUGCAGGAGCCCAUCAUUCCUCUGGAUGCGGAGACCUGGGGCUAUUUAAUUGGGAUCUGUAUCUGUUCCACCGUGGCAUUCCUCGGAGUCUACUAUGCUCUAAACAAGUUUCAUCCAGCCUUAGUUAGUACAGUGCAGCACCUUGAGAUCGUGGUUGCCAUGUUCCUCCAGCUCAUUGUUCUGAGGAUGAUCCCGUCUGUCUACGACGUCAUCGGAGGCCUGGUCAUCAUGAUCAGUGUGUUCACUCUGACAGGAGUCAAGCUGUAUAGGGUGAGCAGGGCCAUUCGGCAGGAUUAUCAAGAGAUCCUAGACUCGCCCAUCAAAUGAGUUUUGAGAUGUCAGUCUAUUUGUUUACAAUGUUGCUUGGUUGUGCAAUUUAAAGAAUGUCUGGAUCUUCAUCUGAUGAUUUUGUAUUGUUGUGUUGUUGGAAGGGUGCCAGUUGUGUAACUAAUGUCUUAAUAUUUGUGUGUGAAAUAAAAGACAAAUGUAAUAUGGUGACUUUGUCCCCCUGAUAGUACUGCUUUAAUGUCGAAUAGUGUCAAAGACCAAAUGUCAGCAAAAAAAACGAUUUAAUUUUCUGUAAUUUAUUUUUGAUUCAACAUUUUAAACCAUAUUGAAUCUGGUCUUGUGAGUGGCAGUGUAAGAUGAUCAUUUUAAUGACAUGCACCUUUUACAUUACUAACAUCAACAAGGUGUUGUCUGUUGUCACACUGCCACAGUUGUCACACUGUGUAAAUGUCAGCCCAGGAAUCAUUCAUACUACAUACAAGGAAUGAAAGAAUAAAAAUAAAUACCACCCACGUUUCAUAAAAUAA